ACGGUAGGUGGCGCUUUUGACCAGCCCUGCUCUCAGAACAAGUGCAAGUUGUCCGGAGGACAGGUUGGGGACAAUAACUUCGGUUGUCCUGUUUAUGGACUUGUAAUUACUCUUCAUUCAUAAAGAAGGCAUCUAAUAGGCGGUAUUACUUUCUUAUAAGGUAAAGUCUGUUUCCAAAUCGGUGCUCUACAAAACAGAAAGGCCACCGGAGGGACAAGGAGCAAGUUCCAGAGGAUACAGCAGACAUGGCCAACACAACAUGCACGUGACGUCCUGAAGACAACACGGUGAAUUUCGUCUAAAAGUCAUUGAAAUUUCACUGUCUAUACAAGGAAGUUAAACCAGAACAUGGCCAAGGUGGACAUAGACCAGUCCAAAGAGCUGCAGGGACUGCUGAAUGUGUACGGAGUUGACCUUGAGAGAACCAGUGAGUAUGACAUCAAGGAUGCAGAGUCAUCACAGGGGUUUGCAGAGAAGGCAAGGUCGAUUGCAGAAGAAAAGCUGUGCCCCAGGUAUGAAGGUGUAGACAGCAGGAGAAGACAGAGGUUUGCAGAGGUGUUAAAUCAGCUGAACCAGCCAAUGGCAGACUGGGAAGAGUUAGGCACUGGAGAUGGUGAUGGGGGAAGACUAGCACAGGAGUGGAGACAUGGGAGACAGCCACUGGAGCUGAACAGCCAAUCCCUGGCUGCCAAGAAAACCAUGCCUUCUGUGUACGUGGGGAACUUACCGCUAUCUGUCACCAAGAAAGAUCAAAGCAGGACAAAAGAGGUGAAGACAUCAGUAAACAAUCCAUUUAUGUUAGCUGCACCGUGA